GUGGAUCGUGAAUGGGAGGGGAGCCCCUCCCUGAGGUAGUGUAUAUAUACUAAUUUCUCGUUGGUACUUUCAGACGGUGGUCGUAUCGUAGUCGGCGUCGUCUUCGUCUUCGUCAUCAAACGGUGCCAGGUGUUUUCUUUUCUUUUCUGCUGUUGUGGUUUCUUCUUUCCCCAUUCUCGCAGUCAAAAAGCAACAAGAAUUUUGAAGAGUUGUUUGGCUGCUGAGACAAGGCAGGAAAAACAAAAGAAAUUUAACAUCAAAGUCCUGUUGAAGAGGCUUUGGACUGUUUUCUUACUAUGGACACUGAAGACAGCAUUGUUGAGGAAGAGAAUGAACGAGAACAAGAAGUAGAAGUAGAAGAAGAAGAAGGAGAAGGAGAAGGAGAAGAAGAAGGAGAAGAAGAAGAAGAUGAAGGUGAGUAUACAUUCAGGUUUGAAGAAGGGAUAAACCCUUUGGAUUUUGUGGAAGACAAUGCUGCUUCUGGUAUCCAACCUUAUGAGCAAUUCGAGCGCCUCGAGUAUGAAGCUCUGGCAGAAAAAAAGCGAAAAUUACUUGCCGAUUUUCAGCGUGAAAGGCCUGCGAAGAAGGCCAGACAAGAGGAUAUAGCUGGGGCAAGCUUUGAUGAAAUAAUGGAAGCCAUGAAUAUUGGUGGUCGAAGGAAAUCAAGGAAGCUUAAGAAAAGAGGUAGGCGGAAAGGAUCAAAGAAUAAAGUCAGCCCUGAGAUUGAACAAAUGGUUGGUGAUGCUAAUCUUCAUUAUGCACAAGGUUGUUAUGAUAAGGUCAUACCAUUGUUGCAUGAGGUUAUUAGGCUAGCACCAAAUUUGCCCGAACCGUAUCAUGUACUUGGACUUGCCCAUGAUGCACUUGGUGAUUAUAAGAAAGCCUUAAAUUUCUACAUGUUUGCCGCACGUUUAAAACCAAAAGAUCCAACUCUAUGGAAGACAGUUUUGACCUGGUCCAUUGAACAUCGAAACAAUGGUCAAACUAAUUAUUGCCUUUCUAAAGCAAUAGCGGCAGAACCUACGAAUAUUACUCUAAGAUUUUAUCAUGCAUCGUUCCAUGAGCAUCUUGGGGAUUAUCAGAAAGCAGCAGAGUCAUAUGAACAAAUAUAUCGCCUUAUUCCUGAGAACAUUGAAGCAAUCACAAAAAGUGCAAAGUUGUACCAGGAAUGUGGUCAGCUUGAACAUUCUAUCCACCUUCUUGAGGAUUAUGUUAAAACUCAUCCAAGUGAAGCUGAUUUGAGUGUGAUUGAUCUGCUAGCUGCCAUAUUCAUGAAAAGUAAUGCACAUGACAAAGCUCUCCAACUUAUUGAGCAUGCAAACCUGGCUUACUGUUCAGGAAAAGAGCUGCCUUUGAAUUUGACAAUAAAAGAAGGAAUCUGUCACGCUCAGCUUAAAAAUAUGGAGAAGGCAGAGAUUCGCUUCAGUGUUCUGCAGCCUGAGGGUAUUGCUUAUCAUGCUGACUUGAUCACUGAAGCUGCAGACUCACUAAUGAAUCUUGAGCAUUAUCGUUCUGCAUUGAAGUACUAUUUGAUGUUGGAAGGAGGUGCUAAAGUUGACCAUGGAUUUUUAUAUCUGAAAAUUGCUCAGUGUUACUCAUUCUUGAAAGAAAGGGUGCAAGCAAUUCUCUUCUUGUACAAAGCGCUACAAAUGCUUGAGGAUAAUGUUGAUGCCCGAUUAACUCUCGCUUUCCUUCUUCUAGAAGAAGCUAAGGAAGAUGAAGCAAUUUCAUUGCUAACUCCUCCAAAAGAUUUAGACUCUAUUGAUCGACUACUGCCUGAAAAAUCUAAACCAUGGUGGCUAAAUGAAAAGGUGAAAUUGAAGCUUGCUCUCAUAUAUAGAGCUAAAGGGAUGCUUCAGGACUUUGUGGAUGCAAUCUUCCCUUUGGUUCGUGAGUCAUUAUAUGUUGAAACUCUUCAUCCUAAGGUUAAAGUGAAAAAGAGGCUCUCGAGAAGAGUUCUGUUUGAAAGAGUUAAAGUACUGGAAGAUCAUGGAACUGAGAACUUAUUUUCUAGAUUUAGACCAGUAGCUCCUUCAUCGGACCUGUCAAAAGCUGCUAGAGCAAAGCGGUUACUUCAGAAGAAGGAAACAUUAAGGGAGAAAAAGAAAGCCGAGGCACUGGCUUCAGGGGCUGAUUGGCAAAGUGAUUAUUCAGAUGAUGAGCAACCGCAAGAAGUGCUCCGAGAACCUCCCCUGCCUAAUCUUCUAAAAGAUGAAGAGCAUCAUAGCCUUAUAAUAGAUUUGUGUAAAUCACUGGCUUCCUUGAGAAGGUAUUGGGAAGCAUUGGAGAUUAUUAAUCUCACUCUAAGAUUAGCUCAUAACAUGCUGUCUGCAGAGAAGAAGGAGGAGCUUCGAUCUCUUGGAGCUCAGAUAGCAUACAAUACAACGGAUCCUAAGCAUGGAUUUGACUGUGUAAAAUACAUUGUUCAGCAGCAUUCAUACAGCCUCUCGGCCUGGAAUUGCUAUUACAAAGUAGUUUCAAGACUGGAGAAUCGUGAUUCAAGGCAUUGCAAGUUUCUCCGUGCUAUGUUAGGCAAACUUCUAGAUUGUGUACCUCCCAUUAUCAUAUAUGGGCAUCAGUUUACCAUGGCCAGCAACCAUCAACAUGCUGCGAGUAAAUACCUUGAAGCUUAUAAACUGCUGCCAGAGAAUCCCUUAAUUAAUCUGUGUGUCGGUAAGACCCUUUAUUUUUCUUUAUUGUUGGUUGAGCAGUUAUAUAUAUAUUUUUUUUUGAUAAGUAAGUAGCUGACUUUAUUAAAAGCGUAGGCGCCCCGAAGUACACUGGAAGUAUACAAGGAGGAUCACCUAACUAGAAAGGGAAAAACGUA